GAAACUAAGCAAUGGAUCACCUCAAGUUAACUCCGGAUAAACUGUCUGUAGAAGAAGUGAGUGAUUUAGUUCUGGACAGCCGUUGUGGAGCAGUUUCAGUAUUCGUUGGAAUCACUAGAGACAGUUUUGAUGGGAAAAAGGUGGUGCGGCUGGAAUACGAGGCGUAUGAUGCCAUGGCGCUGAAGGCCAUGCAGAGCAUAUGCGAUGACGUCAGAGACAAGUGGCCCGCCGUCCAUAGCAUCGCGAUGUACCAUCGGUUAGGCUGCGUCCCAGUCAAAGAAGCAUCAGUCGUGAUCGCAGUCAGCAGUCCCCAUAGAGUGGACUCGUUAGAAGCGGUCUCCUAUUGCAUAGACCAGCUGAAAGCCAGCGUGCCGAUCUGGAAGAAGGAGGUCUACGAGGACCAACAGCCGGUGUGGAAGGAGAACAAGGAAUGUCUCUCGGUGGAACACACAAAAAUACCAGAAAGUCCUAUAGACAAGAACUUAGUACAAAUCAAUGUCUCAAACGAGGAACUAGAAAAAAGAAUAAACAAUUUCAUUGAGAGAAAGAGAGAGCAAAUCAAUAUAAGCAACAUACAUGACUUCAUUCCGUCUAAAGGCGAGAAUGAGACGGAAGAUACGGAGACUUGUGCUAGAGUGAGAACACAGUUUGUUAGGCGGAGUGAUUCAAAGGGACACUUGAAAAUUCGCAGGGUAUGCAACGAAUGGGGCCCACAGACCGUGUCCAGAAACCAUCCCUACAUCAAAGAAGAGAACACUCACAAUCUCCCAUCCUCCAUAGCUGAGAGAGUACUGGCGAUAGAAUCCUUUCUCAACACUGGACCAGUUGCUCCCGACAUAUACCGGCGACUCAAAGAUAUGGAGGACAAAAUCACCUAUUUGCAAUCGAUUUCACCGGAAUACUCCAUGUUUUGGAAAAACAAGAAAGUUGAAACGGACGACGAGCAAGACUCGGCUGCGGAAUACACGUUCACUGCAGACGAUAUAACUAAGAGGAUCGAGUUGCUGGAAAAGCAACAAUAGGCAAAUUAUAAAAUGGCUGGGACACGCAGAGAUAAUUGACUACGACGGUCGAAUGGGCAUAUACUAACACAUUUACUGAUUUUAGGCUUAUAUCGCGGUAGGGAUAUGAUACGCUUUAUAUGAUGAUUUUGCGAGAUCGAUAUUUUGACAGUUGCCAAGCAGUAGCAUUUGCCAUAGAAUAAUCUUGUCGUGACUACAGCCUCAUGCAACUACGAGUACCUUUAUAUGGAAAUCUAUAUUUCGCGUCGAAAUAUAGAUGUCUCAAAAUUAUCGUAUAAAUCGUGGUACGUUAUUGAACGUGCAACGCAUAGCCUUGAUCUCUUUGAUCUAGAUUGUGAAAUCGUCCUAGGACGUUUGUGCACUCACGUAUAAUCGAUUCGUUUUAGUUUUUUUACGAAAAAAUCUCUCGGAUGAAAACCAAGCAGGCGCAUGAACAAUCACACAUUUAUUAUGAAGGCUAUUUUGAAUAGUAUUUAUUUAUUUAGAAUUGCAAACACACAUAAAACAAUACAAAAUGCAGAAGAAACUAUACAAAAGAGUGCAAAGACGGCCUUAUUGCUAAAGCAAUCUCUUACAGACGACUUUUGGUAAAGUAAUUUAAUCAACCAAAAGGCGGGAUGGUGCAGGAACUAAGAAGUAAAGUUUUUAACGAAUAUGAAUACGAAUCGAUUAUACGAAUGAAUGCAUAAACGCCCUAAUGUUCUAAAUAGAUACUGCCAUGUUUUAAAUACUUGUACAGCUUAUGUAAGGUAGAUGUAAGGCAUGAAAUGAAACUAAAAUAAACCUUAUAAAAUCUAUAUUUCAUUUUAUUUACAAAGCGUUUUUAUCACACGAUCAACUUAAUACAAUCAAAAUUGAUUUGGUGAGUCACCAACUUGCAAUAGAUUUGUUGAAUGUCUUUCAAGGCUAUGUAGCGACUAGCCUAGCUUAGAACUGCCAAAAUGUAUAGUAUGUGCAAAACAAGUAUAAUGCGUAAAAAAUGACUUGAUGACUUGAAUACGGGUUAAUGUUAUAAGGAACAUGCAAAAUCUCAAGUUCUAUAUGUAGUAGUAUAAGGUUAUUUAGUCAGUUUCUUCAGUCAGUACUCUUUGAGACUUUAUAAUGGAACAUCAAUCUAUAUAUAGGUCUCAUAUUAUCAUGUACGCUUUAAUGGUCUCAGAGAAACAAAAAAUUCACAAGAUUACUUAUUUUCAUUGUAGACAACUUUCAGAACACUUUCGCCGCUUACACACAACAAUAAAUUAAAUUUUUUACAAUUUUCUAGUUUUCACCAAUACAUUGCACUUUUUACACUACCCUCAAAACUCGUGUUUUAUAUGACCCAGCUGUCAAACCUUGAUCUGGUCACAGCAAUCAAAGCUACUACAAUAACAAUAAUAAUAUACUUAAUGCGUCCAAAAUAAGAAUAGGAAAGUCAACUUAGCCAACGUCGACCAUGUUUGCUAAGUUUAAGUUCGGAUUGCCCUUCUCAUUCUAAGUUGAAACCCAUUCUCAGUAGUGAGUCGGCGAUGAGUUAAUAAUAACGAUGAUGUCCUCAUCGUAUUGAGUGAAAUACUACAAAAUCUAGAAAAUGUAUUGAAUCAAAGUAUGUUUCAUCA